UUUUUCCUUUUCUUUUUUUUUUUUUUUUUUUAACACUUAACCACACGUUUUGAUUCCGUGCAGUGAAGGCUGGGAUCAAGAGGACAUGUCUAACCAAGGAGUUCGGCGGAAUGGCCCCGUGAAGCUGCGAUUAACAGUCCUCUGUGCCAAAAACCUGGUGAAGAAGGACUUCUUCCGCCUCCCCGAUCCCUUCGCCAAGGUGGUUGUGGACGGUUCGGGACAAUGCCACUCUACAGACACUGUGAGGAACACACUUGACCCAAAGUGGAACCAACACUAUGAUCUAUACAUCGGAAAGUCAGAUUCCAUCACCAUCAGUGUGUGGAACCACAAGAAGAUUCACAAGAAGCAAGGGGCCGGGUUCCUGGGCUGUGUCCGCCUUCUGUCCAAUGCCAUCAACCGCCUUAAAGACACGGGCUGUAAGUACCAGAGACUAGACUUGAACAAGCUGAGUCCCAACGACAGCGACACAGUCCGGGGCCAGAUAGUUGUGAGCCUGCAGUCGAGGGACCGGAUAGGCACAGGAGGUCCUGUGGUGGACUGCAGUCGGCUGUUUGACAAUGAUCUUCCAGAUGGCUGGGAGGAGAGAAGGACCGCGUCUGGACGAAUCCAGUACUUGAACCACAUCACACGCACCACACAGUGGGAGAGGCCUACCAGGCCUGCAUCAGAGUACUCCAGCCCCGGCCGGCCGCUCAGCUGCAUCGUGGACGAGAACACGCCCAUCAGCACGAACGGCGCCACGCCCACCACGGCGCUGCCACCGAGCGACGGCGACCAGCGGGCCCAGGAGAGACGGGUCCGCUCGCAGAGGCAUCGCAACUACAUGAGCAGAACCCACCUGCACACGCCCCCGGACCUUCCUGAGGGAUACGAGCAAAGGACGACGCAGCAAGGCCAAGUUUACUUUCUCCACACUCAGACAGGUGUCAGCACGUGGCACGACCCCAGAGUACCCAGAGAUCUGAGUAAUGUGAACUGCGAGGAGCUGGGUCCGCUACCACCAGGAUGGGAGAUCCGGAACACCGCCACCGGGAGGGUGUACUUCGUCGACCACAAUAACCGAACCACUCAGUUCACAGACCCGCGCCUCUCCGCUAACCUGCAUCUAGUCCUCAACCCAAGCCCUAAUGGUUCUCGAGGAGGCAUCGAAAGUCAGAAUGUCAGUCGUCAGAACCAGUUGAAGGAUCAGGCCCAGCAGGCUCUGGUGUCCCCCGGUCAGCUCCCAGAGGAGGCCGAGUGCCUCACGGUACCCAAAUACAAGAGAGACCUUGUUCAGAAGCUCAAGAUCCUUCGCCAGGAACUGUCCCAGCAGCAGCCUCAGGCGGGCCACUGCCGCAUCGAGGUGUCCCGGGAGGAGAUCUUCGAGGAAUCGUAUCGACAGGUGAUGAAGAUGAGGCCGAAGGACCUGUGGAAAAGGCUUAUGGUGAAGUUCAGAGGCGAAGAGGGCCUGGACUAUGGAGGAGUGGCCAGGGAGUGGCUCUAUCUGCUGUCGCAUGAGAUGCUGAACCCGUACUACGGCCUGUUCCAGUACUCCCGCGACGACAUCUACACGCUGCAGAUUAACCCCGACUCCGCUGUCAAUCCUGAGCACUUGUCAUACUUUCACUUCGUGGGCCGUAUCAUGGGGAUGGCAGUGUUCCACGGCCACUACAUCGACGGAGGCUUCACGUUGCCGUUCUACAAACAGCUGCUGGGUAAACCCAUCACCCUGGACGACAUGGAGUCCGUUGACCCCGACCUGCACAACAGCCUCGUCUGGAUCCUGGACAACGACAUCACAGGUGUGCUGGACCACACCUUCUGUGUAGAACACAACGCCUACGGAGAGAUCAUCCAGCAUGAGCUCAAGCCCAACGGCAAAAGCAUCCCCGUCACCCAGGACACCAAGAAAGAGUACGUCCGGCUCUACGUCAACUGGCGUUUCCUGCGAGGAAUAGAGGCCCAGUUCUUGGCUCUGCAGAAGGGCUUCAAUGAGGUCAUCCCCCAGCACCUGCUCAAGGCCUUUGAUGAGAAGGAGCUGGAGCUGAUUGUAUGCGGCCUGGGGAAGAUCGACAUCAACGACUGGAAGUCCAACACGCGGCUCAAGCACUGCACUCCAGACAGCAACAUCGUGAAGUGGUUCUGGAAAGCCGUGGAGUCCUUCGACGAGGAGCGCAGAGCGCGGCUGCUGCAGUUCGUCACCGGAUCCUCCAGAGUUCCCCUCCAGGGCUUCAAGGCCCUCCAAGGUGCUGCUGGCCCUCGACUCUUCACCAUCCACCAGAUCGAUGCCAGCACCAACAACCUGCCCAAAGCCCACACCUGCUUCAACCGGAUCGACAUUCCUCCCUACGAGCACUACGACAAACUCUACGACAAGCUGCUCACUGCCAUCGAGGAGACGUGCGGCUUCGCGGUGGAGUGAGUCGCCGGCGGAGCUCACCGACGACCAGAAGCGACGUGAUUUGGCCGCGACGAGUCCCCCCGGUCCACAAAUCAGUCCAUUCAGACGAGGGGGUGGGGAGAGAGGGAGGGAAGGGAGGGAGGGGGUUUAUUGAUGAUUGCUUCACCCAGGGACGCUCACACUUCCUGGGGACACGUGGCCGAGCUAAGGGAGGCAAAGACGACCAGAAAAUGUCACCUGACUCUGGGGGUUUUUUUUGUUUGUUUUUAUUUUUUUACACCCUGCAGCCCUCCUUAAUAUCUUUUUUUUUUUUAUCAUUGAAAAGGAUCUCUUCAGCUGCUAAUAACUCAGACUAUUUACUAACUUGUGGAACCUGCAAUUGUUUUUUGUUUUUGCUGGCUCUUCCUUUUUUUUUUUUUUUUUUUUUCUAAGUUCAUUUUAGCAUUUAAAAAGAAAAUAAACUACAAAAAAAAACGACCAUAUUCCAUGUAGCAGUUCUCCAUCUUACCAAGCAGAACACAAGGUCAGUCGGCUCUGAAACACCAACAGUAGCCACAUUAGCAAGACUGGCUGGUUUGCUAGCGUACAGGGUCACGAUUGGUCACCGCAACCACUUGGAAACACUAAAUUCGGAUGCAGACUCGGGCUGUUUGGUGCCUCGGAGCGACCGGGGGCCGCCAGUAAUGCCAAGAAUGGAAAGCUGGGAUGUAUGUGUGUGUGUGUUUGUGUGUGUGCAUGUGUGUGUGGACGAGAAGGCGAGACCAGAGACUGAAUUACAACCGACUGUUUACAACCUUCUCCAAAGACGGCAGCGCAAAAAAAAUCCCAUCAACCCGGCGCUGCGACUCCCACAAACCCCCGCGUCGCACGUUUCACGACGAGUUUGGAACCGAGGAAAUGAAUGAGUAGCUUGAAAUGUGUUAUUUUUAUAUAACAGGGAAAAUUGAGAAAGAAACAAUAAAAUUCUAUAUAAUAUAUAUAAUUUAUUUGCUGUUAUAUUUCAGAAACCCCUUUUCUUCUGUUGUUUUUUUUUUUUUUCUUUCUUUCCGACAAAAAUAAAACCUUUUAAAUGUUGAGUGUUACUGUUUAAAUUAUACACAAAGACAAAGAAUUUGUGGAAACGAGAGUUGACUGAAUUUAAAGAAUGCUGUGGUUUGUUUCUGACCUCAAAAAGAGGUUUAAGGGCAAAAAAAACCAACAACUUAAACACACAUCUGAGUGCCAUAAUUAUUUCCGAAUGAAUGAAUCUUUGCAAAUAUCGAGCUGACCCUUUAAAUUCUACUGAUUUCAUCCUGGAGCUACGUAUGCUGGUGGUGUGAUGUUCCCUUUUUUUAACAUUUGUCAUUUGUAGCUGGGCUAUAUUAGCGUCACCACCGUUAAAUUUUAAUGGUGUUCUGUACGGAAGAGUCCAAAGUUGACUUUGUGCUGCCUCCAUGUCACGAUUGAAGAAAAAAAAAAAAAAGAAAAACCUCUACUACCUACUAGCCGCGUGGUGCUAAACUGCAUUAACAUUUGUCUUACAUCGGCGACCUCGCUCACUGACGUACUACUGCUUCGACAUGCUCACACCUUGCCACAUUCUCAGGAGACGCCAUGUGUAGUUUUGUGAUGUCGGUUUGAUUUGACGACUAACCAUUUGUCUCGAUUCGCUGAAGUCUCUUAUCGUGCCCACAGCGAACCAUUAACUGCAUGUCUCCACGUGUGCUUUUUGGUUGAAAGUGAACUGAAUGAGAUGAUUUUUUUAUUUUCUAGCCUGCUCUACAGUCCUAUCAGAAAGGCGGGGAGGGGGGUUUGUUUUCUACGAUUUAAAAAUUCUUGAAUGUUUUUAAAAAAAAAGAUGCUGCCUGUCUAGCAAUCUCUACGACCGUGGACUGUUCUUAACGUUUGCAUAUGCUAAACAAAAAAAGAAGAAAACAACAAAAAAAAAAAACACACAUUUCUUUCACGUAGACGAGUGUAUGCAAAGUGAAAAGUGUCCUCAGAUGGUGCUUUGUACAGUAAUAAGAUAUUGUUCAUAUAUGUGGAUCAAACAAACUGUAAUUUAUCUUUAACUUAAGUAGAAAAAAGGAGAAGAAAAAAACAGAUUUUCUUGAAGAGGAAUUGCACACAGAAGGAGGUUGUAUUUAAAGGCGACUUCUGCACCAGAUAUUCGCUCACCUUUAAGAAGUCCAGUGCACAAGCUGAUCGAUCGCCCUACUGUCUGUUCCUACACUACAUCGCUCAGCAAAAGCCCCAUAGCUGCCUCCCACUGAACUGAACUUUUGUUUUUUUUUUUAAACAAGUCAAAGUUGAGAGAUGCCGCUUUUAUUUUUUCUUUCUUUUUUUUUUUUUUAAAUAGCAUGAUCCACUAGCAGGACUAUAUCUCUCAUAGCUGACUGAUGCAAUUUGAUGUAUGUUAACACUAUCAUUUUGUAAGAGUAUUUUAUUUUUGUGUGUAAUUAGUUCUAAUUAAACUUGCCUUUGUCUAACAAUGUAAGGCCUUGUACA